AUGUCGGGUCGGGCGAUUUGCCUUGUGGCGCCGAUCUCGUGGGGACGGGAAGUUCCUCUUGGCGAUUUUCAGAGAGAUGAGACUGCUGCUCAAAGCUCUCCUCCUACUGGCCCUAAUUUCCAUGGUGUCUUCACAAUUAUUUGGGCGCCGUCGUUUUAUGAUGCCGCGCCUUGGGAUGCGCCGAUUUGGACGUCGUUUUGGAAUGGGGAUGGGCCAGUAGUGCAUUAUAGUGUUAAU